GCCUUGCCCUAGGGAACGAGAGGUCCAGCCCCGGUUGAAGCGGCCUUUAUCCAUCAAGCCAGCUGCUGGCCUACUUUUUAUUUGUCCCCCUCUCUUUAUCAGCCUACCUCCAACCAGAAUUCGAUGCACACCGUACCAAGAAAGAUAAUACGAAUAAUAAAUUCCUGGUCUAUCUUUCGACAUAUAAAUAUUGAACAAAGACCAUCCUCUGCGCUCCUCCUCUCCACUUUUCUGCAGAAGGAUCAAAUCUCGAGCGCUAAUAAGAUGGCAAAACCUAUAUCGAUCGAAGCAUGGAAUCCCAGCGGGAAGUACCGAGUCGUCAGCACCAAAUCGAUGCCCGGAACCCGUUGGAUUCGUCUCUUGACCGACCAAGAUUGCCGCGUCGAGGUAUGCACCGAGAAGAAGACCAUACUGUCCGUGGAGGACAUUCUUGCACUUAUCGGCGAGAAAUGUGAUGGAGUAAUCGGACAGUUAACAGAAGAUUGGGGUGAGGUGCUGUUCUCUGCGCUGAAGAGAGCUGGUGGGACUGCCUUCAGCAACAUGGCAGUCGGGUACAAUAACGUCGAUGUCGACGCUGCUACCAAGUAUGGAGUGGCCGUUGGAAACACCCCAGGAGUUCUUACCGAGACAACUGCAGAGUUAGCUGCUUCACUUUCACUGGCCGCAGCCAGAAGAAUAGUAGAAGCAGAUGAGUUUAUGAGGGCAGGUUUAUAUGAUGGAUGGCUUCCUCAUUUGUUUGUGGGGAAUUUGCUAAAGGGACAGACGGUUGGAGUUAUUGGAGCUGGCCGUAUUGGAUCAACUUAUGCCAGGAUGAUGAUUGAGGGUUUCAAGAUGAAUCUGAUAUACUAUGAUCUGUAUCAGGCAACCAGACUAGAGAAUUUUGUCACAGCAUAUGGACAGUUCCUGCAGGCAAAUGGUGAACAGCCUGUUACUUGGAAAAGAGCUGCUACAAUGGAGGAUGUACUUAGAGCGGCUGAUGUGAUAAGUCUUCAUCCAAUUUUGGAUAAAACAACAUAUCAUCUGAUAAACAAAGAGAGGCUGUCCAUAAUGAAGAAGGAUGCAAUCCUAGUAAAUUGUAGCAGAGGACCAGUGGUUGAUGAAGCUGCCUUGGUAGAACAUCUGAAAGUAAACCCCAUGUUCCGGGUGGGGCUUGAUGUAUUCGAGGAUGAACCUUACAUGAAGCCUGGGCUCGCAGAACUGAAAAAUGCUAUUGUUGUGCCACAUAUUGCAUCUGCCUCCAAGUGGACACGUGAAGGAAUGGCAACUCUUGCUGCUUUGAAUGUUUUGGGUAAAAUUAAAGGAUACCCGGUAUGGGCUGAUCCUAAUCGGGUGGAACCUUUCUUGGACGAGAACUCCCCACCUCCAGCUGUUUGUCCAAGCAUUGUCAAUGCAAAACAACUUGGUCUGCCUUCUUCAAAGGUUUAAAAGGGUGUUUGAUGCUAUUCAUCUCCAUGUGAAAGGUGCAGUACAUAGAUUACAUGGAUGUAUAGUAUUGGGUUUUUAAGUUCUUGGAAGUGAGAAGUAGAAAUGUUUAUCUGGUUAUCAUGUCGCGGACUAAAUGUAUGUUAAGAUCUUUCAUCUCGCCCAAGGAAAUGAUAGCAGAAUGUUGACCAUGUAUGGCUAUUCUCAAGUAAGACAGCGUGGCAUCAGUAUUCAUGGUUUAA